GAUCAGCCUCCGCAUCACCACACCCUGUGUGUCUGCCCGUCCUGUGGGCACCGAGGUCCCUCCCUAUGCACUGCUAGAGCCAGAGACGGGAGACGCCAUGACCCCCGCCCUCACGGCCCUGCUCUGUCUCGGGCUGAGUGUGGGCCCCAGGACCCGAGUGCAGGCAGAAAUCCUCCCCAAACCCACCAUCUGGGCUGAGCCAGGCUCUGUGAUCCCCUGGAGGACAUCUGUGACCAUCUGGUGUCAGGGGAGCCUGGAGGCCCAGGAGUACCGCCUGCAUAAAGAGGGAAACUCAGAGACCUGGGACAGACAGAAGACACUGGAGCCCGGGGACAAGGCCAAGUUCUCCAUCAGAUACAUGACAGAUGUAUAUGCAGGACAGUAUCUCUGUUACUGUCUCAGUCCCACUGGCUGGUCAGAGCCCAGUGACCCCCUGGAGCUGGUGGUGACAGGAUUGCACGACAAACCCAGACUCAUAGCCACGCCCAGCCCUGUUGUGACCUCAGGAGGGAACGUGACCCUCCAGUGUGGCUCGUGGGUGGGAUUCCACAGGUUCAUCCUGAUGAAGGAAGGAGAACGCCAGACCUCCUGGACACGGGACUCCCAGCCAGCCCCCAGUGGGGGGUCCCAGGCCCUGUUCCCUGUGGGCCCUGUGACCCCCAGCCUCAGGUGGACGUUCAGAUGCUAUGGUUGUUACAGCAACACCCCCCAGGUGUGGUCGUACCCCAGUGACCCCCUGGAGCUGGUGGUCUCAGGUGUGUCGGGCAAGCCCUCCCUCCUGAGCCAGCAGGGCCCUGUCGUGACCUCUGGACAGAGCCUGACCCUCCAGUGUCGCUCUGAUGUUGGCUACGACAGAUUCGCUCUGUCCAAGGAGGGAGCAGGUGACCCUCCCCGGCGCCUUGGCCGGCAGCCCCACGCUGGGCUCUCUGGGGCGAACUUCGACCUGGACCCUGUGAGACCCUCCCACGGCGGCCGGUACACAUGCUAUGGUGGACAGAACCUCUCCUCCGAGUGGUCGGCCCCCAGUGACCCCCUGGACAUCCUGGUCGCAGGACAGCUCCCCGACACACCCUCCCUCUCAGUGCAGCCAGGACCCACGGUGACCUCAGGAGAGAAUGUGACCCUGCUGUGUCAGUCAUCGAGGUCUGUGGACACUUUCCUUCUGUCCAAGGAGGGGGCAGCCGAUCCCCCGCUGCGUCUUAGAUCAAAGCACCGAGCUGGGCAGCACCAGGCUGAAUUCUCCAUGAGUCCUGUGACCUCAGCCCACGAGGGGACCUACAGGUGCUACGGCUCAGUGAGCACCUCCCCCUACGUGUUGUCACAGCCCAGUGACCCCCUGGAGCUCCUGGUCAUAGGAAUCUACAGAAAACCUUCUCUGUUAGCCCAGCCGGGUCCCCUGGUGAAAUCAGGAAGGAACGUGACCUUGCAUUGUUGCUCUGAGAUCGUGUUUGAAAGCUUCAUUCUUCAGAGAGAGGGGGUAUCCAAGGACACUUUGUAUCUUGCUGGUCAGCGCCAUCUUGGGGGCUCCUAUGCUAACUUCUCCAUGGGUCCUGUGACAGCUGCCCAUGCGGGGACCUACAGGUGCUUCGGUUCUCUCAAUCACUCCUCCCAUGAGUGGUCUGCCCCCAGUGGGCCCCUGGACAUCAUGAUCACAGGUCUACACCAGAAACCUUCUCUCUGGGCCCAGCCAGGCACUGUGAUGAGGUCAGGAGAGAACGUGACCUUGUCCUGCUGCUCGGAGAGUUCCUUUGAUGUGUACCAUCUAUCCAGGGAUGGGCAGCCCCAUGAGCUCUGGCUUGCUAAGGGGCAGAGGCACGGUGGUGCAUCCUGGGCUGACUUCACUCUGGGCCCCGCACACCCAGCCCUGGGUGGGACCUACAGAUGCUACGGUUCUUUCAACCCCUCUCCCUGUGAGUGGUCAGGCCCGAGUGACCCACUGUACCUUUCUGUCACAGGAAACUCUUCAAAUAGUUGCUUCCUAUCCACAAAACCAACCCCCCAAACUGGUAACCCCGGACACCUGCAUGUUCUGGCUGGACCCUUAGUGGCCAUCAUCUUCCUCGCUGUCCUUCUUUUCUUCCUCACUCGUCAGUGGUGCCCUGCCAAAGAGAAUGCUGCUAUAAUGAACAGAGAGCCUGAGGUGGACAGAACGGUGAGCAGGGAGGACCCUCAAGCAGAAGACCCACAGGAGGUGAUAUACACACAGUUGGAUCAUUGCAUUUUUAUGCAGGAAAAAACCACUCCCACUUCCUGGAGGCCCAAGGAACCCUUGCAUGAUGACAGUGUGUACAUGGAACUCGCAACAUGCUAAGACCAAUCAAGGCAUGAAUUCUAUGCCCCAAGCACACACAGGAAGACCCUGAGGAGGCUCUCCACAGAUGCCAUAGCUCUUUCUGAAACCCCUCCUAACAACAGCUAGAAUCUGAAGACAGAAGUCUUCAUCUUCCUCUCACCCUAAGAUGAGAUAAAUAUCUCAGGACCCCCUAGAAAGCCCCCAAUCCAUUCUAGGAGGCUAUUAUGAUGAUACAAACAUUUCCAAUAUUGUCCACAAAAUCACCUUUUCUUUUCAAGGGUAAGUUCUGACUUGUGUUGCUAUGUUACUACAA